AGAGGCGCUUCAUAUAAGAUGGCAGCACAAUCUGUACAACCAAGUAUUUACACAGGAGCACCAGGUUCCAUAUUACAAUGGUCUAGUCAUAGAUUGUUCCAAUUACAAUUUCCAGUGAUAUUUCAGCUAAAAAAAAUGGAAUUUAGUUACCAAGACUUUAGAAGAUUAGCUGAAAUGCUGAAACCGACCGAAGAAGAUUCAGACAGUGAAGACGAUUUACCACAAAGUGGAAUAUCUAAGCUCGGCCCAGGAAAUAUUGGACCGAAGAAAGACAGCGGAGAUGGAAAUGGUGCCACUGCAGUCACGGAAAUGGCUGUUGAUGACGCUGCCAUCUGGGAUGAAAGCGAGAUUCCUGACGUCGAUGUGGACGACACCAGCACGGACCCUCGUGAGAAACCAGAUUUUGACAUCAAAUACAGACAGGCGGUAACUCCAGAGGAUGUGUACCUUCAGAUGGGAGGCAAGUCUGCAGGUACUGCGAGCUGUGAGGAUCUGGUGGUGAGCGUGCAGCUGCCAGGAGAAACAAGAGGUCAGGUGAACUUGUCGGUCACUCGCCAGCGUCUGGAUGUCCGUUCCCCGCGUUACCGCCUCAGUUUUGCUCUGCCACAUCCUGUGAACCCCAAUUUGUGCAGAGCAGAGUGGCUGAACUCUGCGCUCGAAAUCACUCUUCGGAUGGACAGAGAAUUUGACUUCAUAAAUUUCUGAUUUCAGCAACCAUUCUCUGGUCUUCAGGAUUUAGAAAUGUCUUGUAUUUAAAAGUGAAAAUAAAUUACUAUAACAUC